GAGUACAAAAAGUAAUUAACAUAUAUGAUUUUGUUAUACGUUGUGUUAAGCAUUUUUGUUGUUAUACAUGGAGAAAAUUCGCCAAUUGUGCAAACUGGGCAUGGGCCAGUGAUUGGUCUAUCAGAAACGUCGAGGUCUGGAAAAAACUUUUAUUCGUUCAGAAAAAUUCCUUAUGCAAAGCCACCAUUGGGAAAUUUAAGGUUUAAGGUACACAUAAAUAAGGUACAACAAUUUUUCAGAGUCCCGAGAAGUUUCUACUCGACAGUCGACGAUGCAACACCCGGCAAUUACGGCUACAAAGACAUGGUAUUAGCAUUGAAAUGGGUUCAAGAAAAUAUCAAUAACUUCGGUGGUAAUAAACAUAAAGUGACAAUAUUUGGUCAAAGCAUUGGCGGUAUUGCAGUUCACUAUAUGAUACUAAGCCCCGCGGGGAAAAAUCUUUUUCACUGGGUAAUUUCACAAAGCGGAACAGCUUUAAAUAUUUGGGGCUAUCCAAAAGCAAGUUUCCAUCCAACAAGCACAUUUAGUAAAUUGCACAACGUAAUAUUUUUUUUAAAUUUCAAGAUAUUUUCUAAUGAACCAUCCACUAUAUUUUCUACGGUAAACGAAGCGAAGAAUCCCUUGAAUUCAGAGCUGUUCUUGACUAAAGGUCCAAUGAAAAUAUUGCAGAGCGGUCAUUUUAAUCAGGUGCCGUGGAUUACAGGAAUAACUUCUGAUGAUGGUAUCAUCAAGGCUUCUCCUCUAGUGAGACUAUCGAAUACACUGAAACAAUUGAAUGCCAAUUUUGAUAAGUUAGGGCCGCAAUUGCUCUUUCUGCCAUUGAGCCGGAUCAAGUGCAAUCUUUAUGGAAUGAUUUGAUCGAUUUUUAUUUUGACGGUCAACAUUUCGUGAAUUCCUCAAAUCCCACCAGCGUCCAA